AUGAAGUGGGCAGCGUGGCAUUGUUUACUCGCCGCUUCUCUGCUUUGGCAGAACACGGAGGCCCUCACCCUUCAUAGGAGAGAACUCCCUGCGGUUGUUUCUCUCGAUAUCAAGCGCAAAGAUGUCUCAGACCCUGUUGCGAGGGAUCGGGUAAGGCGGAAGCGGGACAAGACCGUCUCGCAAGCUCUGGACAAUGAGGAAACGCUUUACUUCUGCAAUAUCACCCUCGGCACUCCACGGCAAAGUCUACGCCUGGUUCUAGACACUGGAAGCAGCGAUUUAUGGUGCAAUGCUGCAAAUUCGACGCUAUGUGAAUCCUCCAGCGACCCGUGCAGCGCCUCGGGGUCAUAUAAUCCAGACAAAUCCUCGACUUAUAACUUUGUAUCGUCGGACUUCAACAUUUCGUAUGCAGACGGGACCGGUGCUGCCGGAGACUAUGUCACCGAUACUCUACAUAUUGGCGGGGCCACUAUUAAGGACUUUCAGUUCGGGGUCGGGUAUUACUCCGGCUCUUCGGAGGGCGUUCUAGGAAUUGGAUACCCGUCCAAUGAAGUACAAGUCGGUCGCCUCGGCAAAUCGUCCUACCCAAACCUCCCGCAGGCAAUGGUGAAAAAUGGCCUGAUCCGAUCGAAUGCAUACAGCCUCUGGUUAAACGACUUGUCAGCCAGCACCGGUUCGAUCUUGUUUGGGGGCGUCAACAAGGCAAAAUACCACGGUGAACUCCAAACUUUACCAGUUCAACCCGUCAAUGGUGGCUAUUCGGAGCUCCUCAUCGCACUGACCGCCGUUUCCAUCAAAUCCGAUUCAGACAGUCAGAACUAUACGUCGGAUGCCCUGCCCGCCGCCGUCCUCCUCGACAGCGGGAGCUCUCUGACUUAUUUGCCCAACUCUAUUGUUGAGGAAAUCUACAAUAACCUCGGUGUGGUUUACGAAUCGUCUAGUGGGGUGGGGUUCGUGAAAUGCAGCCUGGCGGAAAGCAGUGUCAAGCUCAGCUAUACCUUUUCGUCGCCCACUAUCAAUGUUGGUAUCGAUGAGCUUGUCAUCGAUGCAGGCGACAUUCGGUUCCGAAACGGUGAUAGGGCAUGUAUCUUCGGGAUUGCUCCGGCAGGAAGUAGCACUGCUGUUCUCGGUGACACGUUCUUGCGGAGUGCGUAUGUUGUGUACGACUUGGCCAACAAUGAAAUCUCCCUGGCCAACACAAACUUCAACUCGACAGACGAUGACAUCGUGGAAAUCGGGACUGGCGACGAUGCAGUGCCGGGAGCCACCAACGUCGCCAACCCCGUCACCUCUGUUGUUGCUGAUGGCUCGGGCGCUAGAAUUGGAGGCCCAACGGGGGGAGUCUUCACUGAUCUACCAUCGGCAACAAGCUCAGGCGCCGCGGCACCGGCAGGACCAACGGGCUUCCCAGCGCACCUGGCUUUUGGUGCGGCGGCUAUUGGAUAUGUGUUGGCUGCUUGA